AUGCACAUCUCCGAGAAGCUCGCCCGGUCGCGGGCCGAAGGGAAGCCAACCUUCUCCUUCGAAUUCUUCCCACCCAAGACUGCCCAGGGUGUGCAAAACCUCUACGACCGCAUGGACCGCAUGCACGGCUUCGGCCCCCAGUUCAUCGACAUCACCUGGGGCGCUGGAGGACGCCACUCGAAGUUGACCACCGAGAUGGUCAAGGUCGCCCAGACCGUAUACGGACUGGAGACGCUGAUGCACCUCACGUGCACCGACAUGGAGCGAUCGAAGCUCGACGACGCCCUCAACGACGCCUACCAGGCCGGCUGCACAAACAUCCUCGCCCUAAGAGGCGAUCCGCCGCGCGAGCGAGAGAAGUGGGAGGCAACCGAGGGCGGUUUCCACUACGCAAAGGAUCUGGUCAAAUACAUCAGGGACAGAUACGGCAACCACUUCGACAUUGGUGUCGCCGCAUAUUCCGAGGGCUGUGAUGACAAUGACGACGUCGACCAGCUCAUUGAUCAUUUGAAGGAGAAGAUCGACGCCGGUGCUACCUUCAUCGUCACCCAGAUGUUCUACGACAUCGACAUCUUCCUCGACUGGGUCAAGAAAGUUCGCGCCAAGGGCAUCGACGUCCCUAUUGUACCUGGCAUCAUGCCCAUCCACACGCACGCCGCCUUCCUGCGCCGAGCAAAUUGGACCCGCUGCAAAGUCCCACCAAAGUGGACAGAAGUAUUGGAGCCUAUCAAGAACGACGACGUACAGGUCCGUGAGAUGGGAAGUGAGCUUGUGGCAGAAAUGUGCCGGAAGCUUAUCGACGCUGACAUCUUGCACUUGCACUUCUACACCAUGAACCUCGCCCAAGCCACGCGUAUGGUGCUUGAAGAGCUCGAGCUUCUGCCCGACGUCGAGUCUCCGUUGGAGAAGCCCCUGCCAUGGCGGCCUUCCCUGGGUCUCAACCGCCGUGACGAGAACGUACGACCAAUCUUCUGGCGCAACCGCAACCGUUCAUACGUCGCCCGCACUCAAGAUUGGGACGAAUUUCCCAAUGGUCGAUGGGGAGACUCUCGAUCGCCUGCCUUUGGUGAACUGGACUCGUACGGCGUCGGUCUGAAGGGCACAAACGAGCAGAACAUCAAGCUCUGGGGCACGCCGACUUCAGUCCAGGACAUUUCCGACCUCUUUGUACGCUACAUGCAGGGCGAUCUCGGAUCCCUGCCUUGGAGUGAACAAGCCAUCACCGAGGAAGCCAACGCGAUCCAGAAAGAUUUGAUCGAUCUGAACCGGCGUGGAUUCCUGACCAUCAACUCCCAACCGGCUGUCAACGGCGCGAAGUCAUCUGAUCCGACCUUCGGAUGGGGUCCACGCAACGGAUACGUCUACCAGAAGUCCUACCUUGAGGUCCUCGUCUCCCCUGAGUACAUCUCUGAGAUCAUCACCCGCAUCGAGCGCGAUCCCGAGUUCACUUACUACGCUGUCAACAAGGACGGCGAUUUGAAGACAAACGCCCCCAGCGAGGGUCCCAACGCCGUCACCUGGGGUGUGUUCCCUGGUAAGGAGAUUGUCCAACCGACCAUUGUCGAGACCGUCAGUUUCCUUGCGUGGAAGGACGAGUUUUACCGUCUCGGUCAAGAUUGGGCGAACUGUCACGCGAGCACCAGCCCUGCGAGAUACGUUAUUGGCGACCUGAUCGACACCUGGUACCUCCUCAACAUUGUGCACAACGACUUCCAUGUUACCAGCGGCAUCUUCCCCCUCUUUGACGGUCUGGAGGUGGAGGGUAUGGGAAAGAAGUUUGAGAACGGAAUUACCGCGGAUGUGUCCACCAAUGGUCAUGCAGACACCAAUGGUUCAAACGGCACUGCUAAUGGCGACAAGCCCGACGUCCCCCAGAAAGAUCCAAAGGAGGCGAAGGACGAAAAGAGCCUCCUCGCGACUGCAAAGGCAGCAGCAGUCGAAGUCACCAACGGUAUCAAGAACCUGGCCGUCUCCAACUAA